UCUGCUAACAUUCUGUCCCUUUAAAUGGCUGGCGUUGCACGCUGCUGAGAGUAUCGGAGUAACUGAUAUUUUUUAAAUUGAGCUAUUGGUCGAAGACAAGAGUGUUGAAGUGGAGAAGAUUUGAGACUGUUAUUUAGUCCUUUGAGGAGUCAAAUAACUUUGGUGAUUCAUGAUUUUUGGGGGAAGAAUUGCCUGACGAACGCCGACCGUUGGGGAAGCCAUUGUCCCACAACGAGAAUUUUAGGGGGAUUUUUCUCGGUUGACGAGGUUUCUUUGAGUAGUGAGGGGUAAAGGAAGAGGAAGAUGUCUCAUUUAAGAUAUCAGAAGGAGCUGAGCAAUCUAACCCGCAUGGACGAUGCCAUCAAGGGGCCACUGCCUCGGUGGCAGAAAAAAGGACUCGAUGCUUCAAAUUCAAGCAUAAAUAUCAGUAUGAAUAGCUCUCGUAUGAACGCCUCGUCGAUGAGUCUAGUCCCCGGAAAGACUCCGACAAAGCGUGCCGAAAUGAAAACGAAGAAGACACCGAAUAAAAACGCUAAGAAGUCUCCAAGUCGUACAAACGCAACAACACCAGCGAAGACUCCCAGUGGUGGAGACAGGUUCAUACCUUCCAGAUCGACGACGAACUUCGACUUGGCGUACCACAAGCUGCAGCAGCACGCCUCCGACCCAGACCACGACAAAAUAUCGACAAGUGAGGCCUCGAGCCCCUCGAAGAAGGAGAUGCAGCGUUUGAUAAGUGAGAACCUCCACGGCGGUGACAUCAACAGCAUGAGAGUCCUCUCGUACCAGAACAAGGCCCCAGAGCCCCCGGAGGGCUACCAGAACCCUUUGCGAGUGGUUUACAGCCAGUCAAAGACCCCAGCCAGCAUCAAGACAUCAAGCAGGUACAUCCCCCAGGCCCCAGAUCGCAUCCUCGAUGCGCCUGAGAUUGUGGACGACUACUACCUCAAUCUGGUCGACUGGUCCUCCAGCAAUGUUCUGGCUGUGGCCCUUGGUGGCAAUGUUUACCUGUGGAACGCUGGCACUGGCACGAUCGAGCAGCUCUUCGAACUCGAGGGGAAUGACUAUGUUUGCUCGGUCGCUUGGAUUCAGGAGGGACCGUAUUUGGCUGUUGGAUGCACCAGUGGUAACACUGAACUGUGGGAUUGCAGUCAGAUGAAAAGGGUCAGAAUUAUGAAUGGACAUGCUGCUAGGGUGGGUUCACUCGCGUGGAAUGCACAUAUUCUCACCAGUGGAUGCAGAGCUGGAAAACUUGGGCAUCACGACGUGCGCCAACGUGACCAUCUAGUCUCAUCAGUGCACGCCCAUGCCCAGGAAAUCUGCGGAUUAAAGUGGUCGACGGACGGAAAAUACCUAGCCAGUGGUGGUAAUGACAACAUGCUCCAGAUAUGGCCAGCAAUAGGCGGCACAAAUCAGGCGCAAACGAGACCGAUUUACACCAUGAACCAGCACCAGGCUGCAGUGAAAGCCCUGGCCUGGUGUCCAUGGCAGACGAAUGUUCUGGCCAGUGGCGGAGGAACCGCUGACAGAACAAUUCGCUUCUGGAACUGCAACACCGGUGCCUGCCUCAACUCCGUCGACACCCAGUCCCAAGUGUGCUCCCUGCUCUGGUCCCCGACGUACAAGGAAAUCGUCUCAGGGCAUGGUUACGCGCAGAAUCAACUGACCAUCUGGAAAUACCCGAAUAUGACGAAAGUGGCUGAACUGACGGGUCACACAGCUCGUGUUCUUCACCUGGCGAUGUCUCCAGAUGGUACCACAGUCCUCAGUGCUGGGGCUGACGAGACCCUUCGCCUGUGGAAGUGCUUCCAGCAAGACCCCACGAAGAAGAAGAAGGACCACUUCGAGCCCAAAUCCGUAGCAUCAAAGUUGAAGCAAUCAAUUCGAUAAAUACAAAUUCCUCAUUGUGACGAUAGAUUAUUUGUCUUUUAUAAUUUAUAUUUUUUUAUGACUGAGUAGAUUAUGAUGGAACUUUUUGCUUGCUACGUACACUACAUUUUAGAUAAUAAAGAGAUUUUGAAGACAGUGUGUGGGUAACUGUAAAUUUCUUAUUUUCAGUCAUUCGGAAUAGGAAAAUUAAUUUGCGAUUGAAUGGUGAUUGAUAUCGGAAGCGUGUUUGGCACAUGUUCAUUGUGAUAUCGAUGCUGAUUGCUCAGGAAUUGUGAGAAUUAUUUUUCUAUUGCACGAAGUAGACGAUUUUGUAAUGACGAUGUUGAAUAUAUAUAGAUUGUUAAGCAUGA